UUCAUCCACAGGGCAAUGCCUCUUUGACAGGUGCAGGAAGGGAACUCGUGUAUGAGCUUCCUUGUGCCUCUGUUCUGUUGUGUUCCCCUUUCCUUUAACCUCUCACCAUCUUUGCUAUUUUUAGCUGCUGUUGCGUAUCUGCAAUGAAAGGAAUUGGCUAUCAGCCUCACAAUGACCUCCCGCUCCUCCUUUCUUGCUCCAUUUGUCUCCAGCCUCUCUUCUCUUGCAUGGUAAUUAUCAUGUCAAGAAAAGAUUAAUGCCUCUAGAUUGGAUUUCAGACAAGGUGAAGGAGGAGGAAGAGACAGGAUGCUGCAGCGGGCGGCGAGCAACGCGUAUUCAUGGUGGUGGGCAAGCCACAUCCGCACCAAACAGUCAAAAUGGCUUGACAACCACCUCCAAGAUAUGGAGCACAGGGUUAAGUGCAUGCUCUUGCUCCUUGGGGAGGAGGCUGAUUCCUUUUCAAAGAGGGCAGAGAUGUACUACAAGAGGCGACCUGAGGUGAUCACUCAGGUGGAAGAAGUAUAUCGGGCAUACAGGGCUCUGGCUGACCGGUAUGAUAUCAUGUCAGGGGAGCUGCACAAAGCAAACCACACCAUUGCCACUGCCUUCCCUGACCAGGUCCAGUAUGCAAUGCUGGAAGAGGAAGAUGAUAACAUCCCAAAGGCAUUCACCCCAGUUGAUCCACGCAAAAUCCACAAGUCAACUGUUGAUGGAUUGAUGAAGAAGAAAAAAGGAGAACAUCCUGGAUCAACAGGUGGAGGAGCAAAGAAUAGUACCUCAGCUCCAAUCGAUAAGGAGAAUGCAGGGGAAGAAAUCAGCAGGCUACAGAAAGCUAUACUUGUCAUGCAGACUGAGAAAGAAUUUAUCAAAAGCUCCUACGAGAGCGGCAUUGCAAAGUACUGGGAUCUUGAGAAGGAAAUCAACGACAUGCAGGAACAGGUUUGCCACUUCCAAGAUAAGUUUGAUGAAAGUGUGGUGAUUGAGGAUGAUGAAGCCAGAGCCUUGAUGACAGCAACCGCACUCAAGUCCUGUGAAGACACUAUUAUGAAACUGCAAGAACAGCGUAAGGCCUCUGCAGGGCAAGCAAUGGGAGAGUCGGAAAGAGUCAAGGUUUUCAGAGAGAAGCUCAAGGCUAUAAUGAACAAACAUGGCAAAUCUCUACCGGAUCCUCUGGAUUUUUCUGACAAAAACGCACGAAAGAACCACGGUGCAGAGAUGGAGGAUGCAUACCAUGCCAAACAAGGUGGUAUAGAAAUGCAGGCUGUGAUUGACAAGAUCAAGGAACACUUUGAGAGGGACUGCAACAUCUCCAUGGCAGAAGUUACGGAGAGAAUUGAUGAGCUUGUCAACAAAGUUGUUGACUUGGAGCUUAUGGUUUCAUCACAAACCUCCCAGAUAGAUCGACUCUGUCAGGAAAACAGUGAGCUGGAGAAUUCCCUGCAGAACUUGGACGAUGAGAAUACAGUGCUGGCCAGUGGAUCAAGUGAACUGACUGAGAAGCUCAGGCAAGUAGAAGAGGAGCUUACCAGAGUUCAGGCUCUUGAAAGCUCCUUCCACAAGGAUGAGAGCACAAUCCGUUCCAACUUCGUAGAAGCAAUAAGCAGAUUCAGUGAUAUAUCCGAGUUGUUGCUAUCGCCAGUUUGUGAGCACCACACUGGUUCUGUUUCUGCACAAACGUCCCAUGAAGCUCCAGUAGUUGAAUCGACAGAGCCAUCAUCAAAUGAGUACUGUGACAUGAAGGAGGUGGGGCUUCAGAUUGCUGAACCCCAUGCUGACAACGCUGGGCCAGCAUCUGGUGUUGUUCAGCCAGACGAUCCUGAUGAUGUACUUGUGGCAGGCACUGAUGAUUCUUCCGGUAGCACUAAAAGUAGCGAACAACAACUAGAUGCUGUACAGGACAAGAGUUCACGUGAGAGGGGUUCAUUGGUACGGCUUCGUCACAUUUCUUCGGACAACCUUGGAGGUUAUGAUGAACAGGAAGAGAUGAGCAAGGUGGGUUCAUCUUCAGCUGAUGGCAUUACUGACAUGAUGAAGCUGCAGGAGAGGCUCUCAGAUAGCCUAGAAGAUAAGGAGAAGGCCCUCUUAGGUGAGUACACUUCACUCCUUGAGGAGUAUAAGGACGCGAAGCGAAGGCUCGUGGAAAUGGAGAAAAAGAAUCAGGAAUGCCUGAAUGAGAUCCGGUCACUCCGUGAAGAGAUUGCGAGCUCUGCAGGGGAAGGAGGCAGCGAGGGUUCAUGCAAGAGGAGCUCUAGUAGCUGCUCUCGCCGGGGUCACAGGAGGACCCCGAGCUACUCGUCUGUCCAUCAGAGGAGACCGAGCGUUUCUUCCAUCUCAAGGCUGAUAAGGAUGGGCUCGACCAUCCAAGAAAGCGGUGAGCCAGCGGGUGCUGAGCAGCAAGGGGGAAUUAACCUGGAGGACCUGAGGCUGCCGGCCGUUGCCGAGGCGGAGAAUGCGUCUCCUCUGGAGGAGAGGUUCAGGAGGGACAUCGACACGCUCUUGGAUGAGAACCUCGAGUUCUGGAUGAAGUUCAGCUCGUCGUUGCAGCGGGUGCAGGAGUUCCAGAGCAAGCACGAGGGCCUGCAGCUGAAGCUGUUGAACAACAAGGAGGAGGGCAAGCAGGACGGGGCGACGGAGAAGCAGCUGAGGGCGUUGAAGACGGAGCUGCAGGUGUGGUCGGAGCAGAACGCGAUGUUGCGAGGGGAGCUGCAGUGCAGGUUCACGUCACUGUGCGACAUCCAGGAGGAGAUUACGGCAGCGCUGGACAUGGAGGCAGACCAGUUCACAUCCUACCAGGCCGCCAAGUUCCAGGGGGAGGUCCUCAACAUGCAGCAGGAGAACAACAGGGUGUCGGACGAGCUACAGGCCGGGCUGGACCACGUCAAGGGGCUCCAGGCGGAGGUGGAGCAGGCGCUGGGGAAGCUGCACAUCAGGAGCGUCAGCCUGCCGGCGCAGAUGGCCGGGGCCGACGACUCCGACCCCGGUGGCUCCGGCGCUGGCUCCGGCUCCGGCUCCGCCCAUGGCGGCGGCGGUGGCAACCUCCUCGGGCGCCCCCCGUCCAACAAGUCCAAGGUGCCGCUGCAGUCCUUCCUCUUCCCGGCCAAGAACAAGAAGACGUCUCUGCUGGCCCGCGUCACGCCGGUGCUCCAGAAGCCGCAGGCGGAGAUGAAGUUUCUGGCCAAGUUGCCAAGGUAGCAAGCAUGCCCCACAUCUUUGGUCUUUGGUGGUCAGUUGCCAACCAAUGUAAUUUCCUCUACGUUCGAGGUCAACGGAUCCAUUCAUGUGCAUGCCCGCGUUGUCGUGUGUGAAAUCUACUUAUACCUGGAAUAAAAUACAAUCUGCCUAGUGCGAAAUUUAGCAGCAGAGAUUCUGUGAUUUAUUUA